AUGGCUUCAGGCGCAGUUACCGUUCCUCCCGGAAAGUACGAGUUUCUCGUCGUUGUUCAUGACAAGCCUGGCAUGCUUGAGAAGCGACUUGAAGUUCGAGGACAGCAUUUCGAUAACAUGAAGCCUAAUGUCGAGAGUGGAAACUGGAAGAUGGGAGGUGCCAUCCUCAACUCUGUCCCUAAAGACGAUAGUCCCAGUAGUCUGGAUUUCGCCGGAAGCACACUCGUCUGCAUUGCCGAUUCUGUAGAACAAGUGCGAGAGAACUUGAGCAAGGAUAUCUAUGCCACUUCUGGUGUUUGGGAUAUGGACAAGGUCCAAAUCUACCCUUUCAAGGCUGCAUUCAGAUUCAACUAA